CAUUUUUGUUGGGGAGCAGUCGUGUUCAGAAAAGCAGGAUUAGAUUCAGUACAAGUACAUCAAACGAUAGCUCCUGUAAACAUCUCUUUAAGUUGUCUUGCAAACAGGACACCUGUUUGUCCACCACGCUCACACAAUGUCUUCAGAAAACCUGGACUCGGACACUCAAGUGGACUACGAGGACGAAAAACAGGACUCCCAGGAAAAGAAUGCAAAUCCAGUGAAGGCAGAGGAGGCCAAGCUGAAGGCCAAGUACCCCGGCCUCGGCCAGAAACCUGGCGGCUCAGACUUCUUGAUGAAGAGACUACAGAAAGGGCAAAAGUACUUCGACUCGGGGGACUACAACAUGGCCAAGGCCAAGAUGAAAAACAAGCAGCUUCCUGUGGCAGGACCCGACAAGAACCUGGUGACUGGCGACCACAUCCCCACGCCACAGGAUCUGCCCCAGAGGAAGUCCUCCUUGGUAACCAGCAAGCUGGCUGGCUAGCCUUGAUCGUCCCAGAAGCACCCUCUACCCCCCUGGGACUCCCGGCAAACGUCCCUUCACCACCUCACUUGUGUCCCAAAUAUGUCCACCUCCCUCCCCUUUUUUCCCUUUUCAUCCCCAGGCACCACUGGCUUUAACAUAUCGGGCAGAGUUGUAUAAGUUGAAACUCCAUUUGCUUGUAUGUGGGUGGGGCGGGGUGGGAGGGAUGGAGGUUUAGGUGGCCCUAAAGGUCGCAGCCUUCUUUGCCUUCCUACCACGCACAGCUCUGCCCCCUCUGCACACUCUGCUCUACCGCCUCCCUUAUAUCUUGGAUUUCAGUGUUCCAAGAUGCAUUACAGUAGGUGUGUGUCACCGGGCAGGGGUUGGAUGGGGUGAGUUAAUGCACUUUGUAUUCUGUAUAGUAUGUUUUGUUCUUUUUUUGCAUCCUGAAUGACACCAAAAUAAUGUGUGUAAGGGAGUUAGGAACCAUGAUCGCAGCGUGUUCUUUGAUCUUCACGUUCCCUUCCUAUGCCGGUGGCUGGCUUCAGCUUGACGGUCUGAGGAAAACGUAUGUGAAUAAUUGCUUGCAUACCAAAUCUGUCAAGGGCAGCUGCCUAGUUUAAGAGAUGCUUACAAUUCACUGACACCCUGUUGGGAAAUGAAUAGAGGGUUCCUUGCAUCUUUUUUUUUUGUCAGACAUAACCUGAUGUUAACUGCUGCAGCUCAGCCAAAUGGGGAUUUAAAAGAGAAACUUUUUCUUUCUCCUUUGCUAGUGUUGCUUUAAUUUCAUACUACCUUUGCUCCCGUUCUCUCGAAAUAUGCUGCAUGAUUGUAAAAUAUAACAAAUAAGAAAGAAAUUUAAUGUUUUUUUUAGCAGGAGUGGAGCAUCUGUUUAGUGAUGAAAAGUAUCAACAUACACACAAAGUCCUACAAUGUCCACAGUCACAGUUCGUUCCUUUGCUUUUUGCUGUCCUGACAAUCCAUGUACACAUGCUCCUGUUUGCGGCCCAGGGCAAGAACCAGCUGAGUAUAUCCUUGUAUUAUUUUUAAAGGCUGGGAACCCUGCCAGUCUCUGAGCUCAGCCUUAGUUUGGUUGCUAUUGAGUUGCAUCAAGACGUGUGUUUACUAUGAGCCUAAAAUAUUUGUGGGGGGAUAGAAGCACCCCGCAUAGAGUAUAUGCUUCUGUAAAUAAUAGUCAAACAAGCACGCAAUUUGUGAUAAGCUUGGCGCUUUGAGGACCAGACCAGCUAGCAUGCCUGAGAGAAAUGGUAGUGCUAAAUCAACUCACUUGGGAUUACAUCCUGGGAUUUCUGGCUUGAAAAUUCUUUGCUUUAACAACUGAGCCAAACUCCACACUGCAGCUAUCAGGCCCAGAGACUGUGGAUACAUUUGUCUUUUCAGUGUGACUGUUAGCAUCUAUUCAUCUGAUUUAAAUUUCAACUGGAGCCUGAGCUGAUCUGGUUGAUGAUAUAUAGAGAGUGCAGUGAUCACACAGAUAUGUUACUUCCUACUAAUUUCUUUGACACACUGAUCCAGACACCGCUAUAAGUUAACUGCAUACAACUACAACAUUGAGAAGACAAAAGUUACCACAGUUAUAGCCUUCAUAGUUCUGUCCCGCAACGGCACAUAUGCAGAUAAAGUUUUUGUAGACAUUUGGGACCGACCAAUAGAAUGACUUAUUCUGAAGUUGAUUUCAAAUUUUGUGCAGGAGAUUGUUCUCUCCGUGUGUUAACACUUUUAGAAUAUAUCACAGUCAGACAUAGUGGUUCCCUUGACAACUUGCAUUCUUUCACAGCAAUUUACGUCAUGAAACACUAACCUUAGUAAAAGAAUCCUACUACUUUACUUCCCUACAACCUUAGCUGGAAUAUAGACCUACUCUUACUACCAGCACCUCAAUAAAUAUCCCAAACAGACGCACUACACAGACUGAUCUUUGAUCUCAGGGGUGUCAGAGGGUAAACAGCUCACAGACUGAUAAGCAGAACUCCAAUGAGCAUCAUCUCGGGCUUAAAGUGGGACACUGCAUGUCUGCAGGAGCACUCACUCCAACACUUGGCAAAGCAGAGAGAGAUUUUAUAACAUGAGAGGGCAAAGUGUGAGCUUGUGCUCUGCACUCCAGUCCCACCUGUUACUGUGGUUCAACCUCUGAAACAGGCGCAGUCACCAAAUCUCCAGACUUUGAAUGUGUGCCCCUUCGCACAUUCAAGAAUCUGAAUUGGAUGCCGGCACUCACUGAGAAUCAGUGUUUAUUACUACUUCAGGGAACCUUCACAUACGCACACUCCACCACAUAGGCUAGGUGAUAGGGUGCAUGCACCAUCACAUACUCAACCUCCCUUGUUUUUCAUUGAGACUUUAAAAUGUGUCAAAUUUGCAGUGGGUGAAAGAGAACUGACCUGUACGUAUGUGCUUGUUAUGGUGUUGUAUGAAUGCACUGCUUUUCUUUGUUCCAACUAUUGUAAAUAGACUUCAGCAGGAAAUGUUUUUUGUUGUUUCCCACCUGCUUUUCACUCUUUCAAAGCCUGAGCUAUUUCUGAUUCAGUGGUUCCUCUCUCCUUUCAGUUUAUUACUACUUCUGCUAUAUCUUAGUGUAUUGCAGAGGCUAUGUGAAUCUGUAUCAUAUGAAAAUAUAUGUAAAUGCUGCUGAUUCAAAGACAGAUCUAAGACAUGAUACCCUGUAAAGAACACCUGUCCUCCUGGUUCUACCAGUCCAGCUCUGUUGUCCUUAAGUAUCUCAGUACUAUAACUCCUGUGACAAAGUCAGUUUGGUUUCAGACUGUGAUGUAAAUUUCAAAGCUACAUUUAUUAACUGCAUUGUUAGAUUUAAUCCAACUGUUGGUCUGGCCAUAACUUAAAAAAGUAAAGUCUGAAAUGCUUCAUGUCACUUUGAUUGACAAGGACAGACUAUUUUUUGCAUUAUAUUGUGUUUAAAAGCCUACAUUUUCCUGCUUUAAAAAGACAACAAAAGGUAUGGUUGAAUAUGAAACAACAGUGGACAGGGGUUCUUGAACGCUACUUGAUAUUUGGCUUUGCACGGAGCAGUUCAAUGAGAAGAAAUAGCAGGGUAUGUUUCAAACCCAACACACAGGGUGUCUCUUGUUCAGCUAUGAUUAAUACGUGCCAGAAUGUAUAAAGAAAUGACAGGCUGUGUGCUCUGAAGUACUUUUGUGCUGCUUUUACUUUAUCCGUUUUCUUGUUUUGCAAGUAAAUGUUUUUUUUUUCUUGUGUUCUCUUAUUGCAUAAUUAGUGUAUUUCAUCCUGGCCCAAGAUAACUGCAGGGAAAUCAGAGGCACCCUUGCUUCCAAGAAAAAAAAGGGGUUUACAUGAUAUAGAGGAUUACUGGAGAACACAGGAAUGAUUUUAAGACUUCAGAAAGUACAGGGGUACUUGGAAUGUUUCAGUUGUGUGGGAGUAGAUGAGAGGAUUUUUGUCAGUAUUUGAAAUAAACUUUUACAUUAAUAAGA